CGAACUGUCACGUGUGGGGGAUCGUCUGCCAUUUCUAGGCGCGGAGCGGAACGCACACUCCGCGCCGGCAGGCCCGGUGCAACCGGCCGCCUCCGUUUACACCGGUCGCCUCCGUUACACCGGCGCUGCCUCGCACUGCGGAGCCGACGGUGCCAAUAUUGCCAGAUCGCCGCCUCCCCGCCACUUCCCGCUGCAUCCUCUCCCCGCUGUUUCGAAGGGGAGAGUACAUGUCAGACGGUCCCUUAGCGCCCUCUGCGCGGGGCGGUGACGCGGCGCGGCUGGAGGACUACGUGUCCCGUCGUGCACCGCGGCGGAGCGGCGGGCUGGGGGUCGGAGGUCGGAGGGCACAGGGACCCGCUGAGGGGAGGGGGGGGUCGCUCAUCUCUGGGACCCCCCGGGAUGGCUCCGGUUAAAAUCAGCCACGUCGUCUCCUUCUCCUCGCAGGACCCCAAGUACCCGGCGGAGAACCUGCUGUGCCAGGACGACCCCCAGCCCUGGCUCAGCUGCCCCCGGGACCGCAGUGGGGAGCUGAGAGCGGAGCUGCAGCUGGAGAGAGCCAGCGCCAUCGGCUACGUGGAUGUCGGUCUGUGCGUCCAUGGGUCCGUCCCCCCACCCCAGGAUGGGCUCGGACCCCCCCCACCCCCCAACCUCGCCUCCCCUCUUUCUUUUAACGCAGGGAACUGCGGCUGCGCUUUCCUCCAGAUCGAGGUGGGACGUUCCUCGUGGCCCCUUGACCGGCCCUACCUCACCCUGGUGCCCAGCGUCGCGCUGAUGACACCGGCGGACUCCAAACUGGGCCGGAACCGCUGCGGGGUCCGGAUGUUUAAGGAAGAUUUCCUGGCGCUGGCGGCGGGGCAGAAGUGGGAUCGCCUGCGGCUCACCUGCAGCCAGCCCUUCAGCAAGCACGGCCAGUUCGGGCUCUCCUUCCUCCGCGUGCGCACGCCGCUGGACCCCCAGUCCUCCCAGUCCCCCCAGCAAAGCCUCGAGGACGCUGAGCCCACGGACGGCGCCUGGCGCUCCAGCCCUGCCUUUUACCGGACUUUUUUUCCCGAACCGCGCUCGAGCUCGAGGGAGGAAGAGGAGCUGAAGAGCCGCCUGCUGCAGCUGGAACCCAGUGCCUGGAGCCCGGCCCACCUCAGCCGCCCGGCCCGCAUGGUGCUGUCGGCGGCGCGGAGCCGGGCGCUGCGCCCCAAAACCGCCACGGCCGCCCCGGGGGGUCACCCGGAGCUGCCGGGUGAGCCAGAGCCGCCGGCGUUGGGACCCGCGCAGGAUGUCCCCGCAGCCCCUCCCCGAGCCCGCCGGCCGCCCAACAGCAGGCAGAGCGCUCCCGGCCCCACGGGCAGGUCUGUGCCAGCCGCCUCCAAGCACUCCGGCUCUGGAGGGAGAACCCGAGCCUGCAGCCAGCGCCAGAGACGGGCCAGGAGCGGUGACAGCGCUCGCAAGGGGACGGGCGUCUGCCCCAUCUGCUUAGGCCGCUUCAGCCUGGAUCUCCUCCCUGUGCACGCCUCCAGCUGCGGGGAGGAAGACCCCGCCGCAGCUCGGCCUUCCUCCCUGGGCGCCUGGGUGUCCUGCCCCAUCUGCGAGCUGCCCUUCACCGCGGCGGAGGUGGAGCAGCACGCCAGCACCUGCGGGGAGGAGGGGGGGAGCCCGGGUCCCCCCUCCCCAUCCUCAUCUUCAUCCUCCUCAUCCUCCCGCCUGGGGUAAGGCUGCGAGGGCAGCAGCGGGGGGACACACGAGCCCCGUGGCAGGGGCUGGAAGCUGCCACGCUGGCAGAGGCAUCAUGGACCUCAGUUAAUUGGGGGGGGGGGAGGGAGAAACCCCUUCCCUCCCCCGCGGCUGGGCUGAGGGGGGAGGGGUGUGUGGGGACACCCCAGGGGUGGGGAAAUGCUGUAAUGAUGAGAGGUGCUGCUGGAGAAUAAAUUAAAGAUGAAAAAAAGAAAAAUCCCCUGGGGG